AUGAUUAAAUUCCUUAAUAGAGCAUUACUUGAACUUAUAUAUGAUGAAAUAGGAGAAAAAAUUGAUAUUAAUGCUUCAAUAGCUAUCAAAGAAGAAAAUAGUUAUGUUCCAAGCAAAUAUUCCGACGUGAAUUUAAACAUUCAGUUAUCUUUCAUAGUGCCAAUUGCUUUGAUUAUCAUUUCUUCCAAAUUAUUGUAUCACACGAUACAAGAUAUCAAAACUCCUGCUCGUUCUUACAUGAUAUCGUGUGGGCUUUCAAAAUUUACAUAUUGGCUAGGAACAUUUAUUGUUGAUUGCUCUAUUUUGACAAUAUUUUCAACAUUCGUUUUUAUUAUUUAUUUCUUGGCUGGUGCUGCAGGAUUUCGAGCUUAUUAUAUUAGAAUUUUCUUUUUGAACUGGUUCUGUUCUGUUUCCCCUCUUUUCUACACAUAUUUCUGGUCAUUUCUUGUUAAAGGACACUCUGGAUCAGUUAUUUUUGCUGCUGUUACUAUUACGUUGUUUUACCCACUAAUGCUUACUUGGAUGACGAGCCAUAAUAACAGACAAUUUUAUUUUUAUUAUAUAAUUUCAAUGAUUUGUCCGUUUGGAAACUAUAUGAGUGUAUUCUAUACAAUUUCAUUUCUAAUUAGCAGCCAUUUAGACUGUCCACCAGGCUUAAAAUUCUUCGAGAAGUCAGAAGUUAGUUUACAUUUUUUGAUUGGAUCUUUGUUUGUUUAUCCUAUAAUUAUUUUGAUUACAGAGUAUUUAAUCAAAGUCAUAAAUCAGAUACGCUCAAAAUCGGCAUUUUAUUCAUAUUCUUUUGAUUUGGAAACAUUCAAAAACAGUCAGCAAAUAACAGAUGAAGCGAAACAAAUGGAGCAGCAAGUGAAAGAUAAUCCGAGUGAAUUUGCAAUCAGGAUUUCUAAUGUUUCUAAAAUAUAUAAAGACACUAAAGGACAACCAAUCGGUGCAGUUAACCAAGUAUCAUUGGGAAUCAAGGACAAAUCUAUCUUCGGUUUCUUGGGUUCUAACGGUGCAGGUAAGACAACACUUAUGAAGAUGAUCUUGAAAGAGACGCCUAUCUCAAGCGGUACAAUCGAAAUCAAUGGCCAAAACAUUAUGACAUCUAAACGAUCACAAGUUGUUAUUUGUCCUCAAUUCGAUGACCAUUUGACAGAACAAUUAACAGGUCGUCAGAAUAUGAAAUUCUUCUGUUACUUGUUCAACAAGACAGGUCGCGAAUCCCAUGAAUUGAUCUCUCGUCUUAUUGAUAUUAUGGAUUACUCAGAUCAAGUUGACAAACGUGUUCAAGACAUGUCCGGUGGUAACCGUCGAAAGUGUUCAUCAAUGAUUCCAUUCUUGUCUGACUGCAACACAAUUCUCCUUGAUGAACCAACAUCUUCUAUGGAUCCUAUUGCUCGUCAUCACAUGCAUGACUUGAUCAACUCAUACAAAGGUCAAAAAACAUUCAUGUUAUGCACACAUUUGUUAGACGAAGCAGAAACAUUAUGCGACAACAUCUCUAUCAUGGUUAAUGGUUGCAUCUUCACCGUUGGUACUCCACAAUAUUUAUCACACAAGUUUGGUACCGAAUGGAAGAUUGAUUUGAUGUUAGUUGGUGAUACUAAUUUAUGUCGAGAAACCGUCAAAGGAUACAUCAAUCAAAAUAUUCCAAAUGCUGUUUUAUCACUUGAAAGGAAGGCAUCAAUGAUAUAUUCAGUUCCAAGUGAUAGUAUUUCAAUCACAAAUCUUUUCCGGAUUCUUCAGAAAGGCAAAGAUACUAAUAUUGGAAUCAAAUUCUUCACAUGCUCAUCUUCAACACUUGAGAAGGCUUUCAUGGAAAUUAUCAUGCGCUCGGAGCAAAUUGUUCAAGCAGCGAAUGAUCAAGUUGAUAACCAGGCAACGGCUGAUUUAGGAGUUGAAUUAGCAUCUCAGCCUUAG